AUGGAUCAAGCAACCGACCCCGACAACACUUUGAUCCGAGCGGCACUCCAUACAAUAACCUAUGAUCCCUCUGAUAGAGAUGCUCAACGUCCAGCAAAGCGCCAGAUGUUGGAUGCACAUAAGCCAUUGGCAGAUGAUUUACCAGCUAGCGACUUCGUGCAGUAUGGCCCCACAACUCAGAUUAAACCUCUCAGCCUAUAUUAACAUGCUUCAGGAUGAUGCACUAUUAUCGAGAAUGCUCACAAGUUACUGUCACGGUAAAUGACACUUCUUACAAGCUCCCAAAGAGUCUCGUCUGUUCCGAGUCAACCUUCUUCAACAAAGCUUUCAACAGCGGUUUUCUUGAAACUGAAGAGCAAAAGUUGAGCCUGACAGAAUGUACUACGGAAACUUUUGAGCUCGUCGUCCAGUGGGUAUACAGGCACAAAUUGAUAUUCGACAUCGCUAGCAAGAAAGAGAAAAUGGUUGACCUACUCUUCGACUUCUUCAAACUUGCGGAUCUCCUGGGUCUUGGUGGUCCGUUUUCUACCGUAAUAUCCAUGCUCAAAACUAUUUUUAUCGACAAUGGCGCCCUUCUCCUACCAAAACAUAUUCGAAUUGCGUAUCAGCUACCAAACAAUUACAACUUGCGUAAGCUUGUUGCCGAAGCUUGCGUGUCAAAAUACGUACGUUUCCUGAGGAAAGGUGGCAAGUCCAAAGUUCAGAAGGAAAUGGAUGCCUGCGAAGGAUUUAAGAUGGAUGUAUUGGAAGGUGUUGCCGGGGCCUUGAAGUCAAUGGAAACUAGCUAUAAUUCCUAUGUCGUGAGGUUCACAUGCCCUUUGACUGGGGAUGCUAUCGACUUGUAG